GAACCAUUUGAAUGAGUUACCUUUUUGGCGGGAAGAGUGUGCUUACAUUAACUAAAGUUCUUAUAGCUUCUUCUCCGCUGAGGACUGAGUGUAAUUUCAUGAGUCGGCUCCUUUUGAUUUUAAAUUUUUAUUUGAUGGGUUAAAAAUCAUCUAGUCAGCUUACAUUUACAAAGAUUGUUCCAGCCACACGAUAACUUAAGUUAUCACAAUUGUGAUCUACUUUUAUAGGUUAAUAAACCUAUCAUUAUUAUCCAGGACUAAAGAUUUCAAGAUUAAUGCCGUAUAUCUGAUACCUAGUGAGUCAGUUAGUUUGGUUCGAGUUUUCAUAUACAUUUCUGCCACGUAGUGCUUUGUAAGAUUGGCUAUACAUCCUACUGUCCCAAGCUGUCAGCUUUGGGGAAAUUUUGGGUUUUAAGUCUCAUUUCCCCAAAAUUUAGUAUAGAGGCUUCCCCAAAAUUGACCAAAUUUUCCCCAAAGUUGGGAGCUUGGGGUGUGAUGAGAUACUUAGUAGUGUUUCGUGAUACAUGUCGUCAUCUGUAAAAAAACGUUGAUGCAGUAUUAUUUUGGCUUGUCUUUUUGUAUUCGACAAGUGAAUAGGGGGUGUCAUAACAUUGGCUACAUGUAUAUCCAAAUCAAUGUGUUUCAUACAACCCGUAUUACAUUCAAAUUUAUGCUGGAUAUGCUUUAUAUUGAUCUAGGUGGUCCUUCGAGAGCCACUUUGGUUCAGCAAGGUUGUAGGGAUUUAUCGGAGAAGGGAUUCCAUCAAUUUUAGUAAGAUAUCACGGUUUGUGCGAUUCUCUUAACUCAUCUGAUAUAACUGCACCCCUUUGUCUUGUCUAAUUAGUGGUCAAUACAAACUUUUAUCAUGUUCUAGAUUUCAUAUUUGUGAGUUACUAUUAUCAGAAUUACUUUUUACAUCCUUUGUAGGUUUUCUCUCACUUACAGUCUGUCUUCAGACCAGCAAUACGCUAUCUUCAAUCUGUUAGCAUACUCAGAGCUUGCAAACAGCAUAUACUUUAUCGUAAUAUGGAUUUCUAUAUCAAUGUACCUCCUCCCGUGCAUUUUCUUGAUGUUACUGAAGCGUUCAAAUCACUUAGCAAUGUGGAGAAGGAUUAUGUUUUCAGCUGCACACAAGCGUCUUGGAUUGGAGGUCUCAUAGGAUUAAUUCAAACAUCUCCUGAGUCUGCCGGAAUAUUUUUGUUUGUCAGUCGCUUUUUCCAUUUGGAGAACGUACAUUCCUUUGUUGAAAAAGCGACAAAAAAUAAUUUUUCCGAUGAGGAAAUAACUCACAUUUUAUCUUAUUUCGCCUCAGUGCUGGGUAAUUUCGGGAAUUACCUGUCUUUUGGGGACACCAAGUUCAUCCCAGCUAUCAAUGUCGACAGGGUAACAGAAUUUUUAUCGUUGAGCAGUGAAUUUUCUAAUUCAGAAACUGGUCUUAAAGCUUUAUGGAAAGAAAUAGCUCCAGCCAUCUAUUCGUUAAAUCCUCGCCGUUUACGCCUUGGUUUUAGUCCCACUGAAAUAACGUCUUAUUACUCUGAAGACUGUAUUCGAAGCGAUGCUGAGCUAGUUCAAAAAUAUCUGGAAAACGUUAAAAUUGAAGCGUAUAAUACCCGACUUUUUAAGAGUAGUAACUCCAACUCCAAAGUUUAUUCGAUUCGUUUUGCGUCGGCUGAGAAAAAAGUUCAACCUGUGCAUUUUGAUGCCCUUCCUUCGGGAACUUCUUUGCAGCUCGAGUACGGUGACUACUGCGAACUUAUGGAGUUACUGGUUGACUGCUCUUUAGAUGCCAAAGCACACUCUCUUAACAAAAUCGAAUCAGAAAUGUGGGAUCAUUAUGCUCAGAGCUUUUGUACUGGGUCCUUAGACUCUCACAAAGAUGCUUCUAGACUAUGGGUCAAGGACAAAUGCCCUGUGGUUGAAAAUUACAUUGGUUUUAUUGAAACUUAUCGUGAUCCUUUAGGUGUGCGUGCAGAGUUCGAGUCAUUUGUCGCGGUUGUGAAUCGAUCAAUGUCAUCUAAAUUUCAGCGGCUAGUAGAUAAUGCUGUUGAAUUGUUAUCUAAUUUACCAUGGCCUUCUACUUACGAAAAAGACAGGUUCUUACAACCAGACUUUACAAGUUUGGACGUAGUAACGUUUGCAACCUCAGGAAUCCCUGUUGGAAUUAAUAUUCCUAACUAUGAUGAUGUGCGCCAAGUUGAUGGAUUUAAAAAUGUAUCCCUGGGGAAUGUACUCAGUGCUCGUUUCAAGGACCCUAAAUCAGAAUUUCUCCGAGAGGAAGACAAACAGUUGUAUGUGGAUCAUGCGGAGAGUUCUUUCGAACUUCAAGUUGGACUUCAUGAAUUGUUAGGCCAUGGUUCUGGGAAGCUCUUUCAACGUAGUGGCGAUGGAAUACUGAAUUUUGACACAAAUUCUACGAAAGAUAUCAUUAGUGGAGGUCCCAUACGUAGUUGGUAUGAACCAGGCGAAACAUACGACAGCAAAUUUUCGAGUUUGUCUUCGGCAAUUGAAGAAUGUCGAGCUGAAUGUGUUGGAAUUUAUCUAUGCAAUUUACCACUUGUCUUGGAACAGUUUAAUCUUAAUACUAAUUGCUCUACAGACAGUGUUCCAGAUGUUGUUUACGUUAAUUGGUUGUCCAUGGUUCGUUCAGGCGUAACUUCUAUGGAAUUCUAUUCACCUGCAGAAAACGCUGGCGAUAUUGGUUCGUGGCGUCAGGCACAUUGCUGUGCUCGUUAUGUGAUUUUGCGGGUUUUAAUUGAAGCAGACAAUUCGCUGGUACGUGUAGACGAAAUAGUUGGUGAUGAUGGUGCACCUGAUUUAACUAUUUUCUUAGAUCGCCAAAAGCUUUUGACAAUAGGUCGUCCGGCAAUUGGCGAAUUUUUACGAAAAAUUCAGGUGAGACCUUUUCAUUUCAUGUUUUUUAUGGAUUCUUACGAGUAGACAUGUAUCGUGCAUGUACAUAUACUGGUACAUUACUACUGUGCCAUUCUGGAGACCUCAAGAGUUGAUACAAAUAAGAUUAAUGAAUUAUAUGUCGUGGCACGACAUCAGUUUACAAUACCACAGACUUUUGGUCCAAGGUUUCUAAGAAAGCUUCUUGAAUGCAAUUAUUGUUAUUCAUUGUCAAAUAUUGCAAGUCUUAUGACUUAAGAUAAGUCAAAGUGGCCCAAAUACAAUCAUCUCUGGUUUCUAAAAUCCUAAAUUGUUUAUUACUCCAUAUAUUCCACUCAUCUUUCAAGCCUCUCCUUUCGUUCUCGACAAGUGUUAUCAUUAUUUUAUUUUUCAAUAUUUGAUUUUCUUGGUUUUCUAAUUAUGCUGAUAAAAUGUAUGGCAACGUGGAUGAGUGCAUUCAUGCUAGAUGCUACUCUAUGUAUGGUUGCUUUCAUAUGUUUAAUUUGAAAGUCUGGUUAAAUAGCAUAUUCGAACAACGUGAUAUGACAACUUGGCACAAAUCGUUUAUGUGCCAGACUCUAUGAUGGAUGAGUAGCUGACGAACUAUUUCUUGGUAGUAUAAUUAUUUUCUAAAGUUUCACUCACUUAAAACAUUUCGUCUGAAUGCUUUCUCUCAAUUCUUUUGUUUCAGUAUUAUAAAAGUACAGCCAAUGCUAAAGAUGGUUGCGCCUUCUUCCAGCAUUAUUGUCAGUUGCUACCAGAACAUAUUAAAUUGCGCCAAAUUGUGAUUAAUCGCAAAAAACCUCGACCUAUUUUCGUUCAACCUGGACUCCGUAAAACCCCUCACGGUGUUGAACUAAUAUCAUAUCCUACAACUUAUACCGGUGUAAUACAAUCAUUCGUGGAUCGUUAUGGUGAUUUGCCUCUUGGGCAGAAAGCUCUUGAUGCGCUAGAAACAAUUUGGCGCCGUGAACUUCCGUAUUUUAAAAACAUACCACUUUAAAUGACUUGUCACAAAUUGUUAUUUUCAAUUAAUUUUGGUUAAUAUAUUGUAUGUUUAUUGUCUCCAUGUGGA